CCUGUGUCGUUCGUAUUUACAUUUCAUUAGUAUCAGACAACUGGAAAUGGAGUGCAGCGUGUUCGACAUGACAAUGCAGGAAGUCUUUGGAAUAUUGCUUGCUGCUCGUCGUACACUUCCUGGUUCUCCUUGUUUUUUGGUCGGACAGACCUUUCCAAAUUGUUAGGGCAGGAGGACGAGGAACAAGAUCUCAAGGAAGCGCACGAGUUCGCCAUCAUAGCGAAGUAUUGUCCCCGAAUACGUACAUAGUAGUUUGUGAACUCACUGAGUUGAAUUGAGUGCUACACUGAUGAAUCCCCGUUUAUAUUAACUGAAGAGCCGCGCGAAUGGUGAAUUUGGGAAGCGAAGUGUUGGCCAUAGAUAGACAAGCUAUCGGGGAUUUAUUUGCGUGUACAGUCGUCCAGGGAAAGAGCAUGCCGAUGGAGAGCCUGUAGUGUGAUGGGGAGCCCAGCGCACCGCUGCAGGGACAUCGAGAGGCAGGCAGGCUACCUGCAGCCUGAGCACUGUGCCCCUCCCCCGCCCCGCUCCACCGCCGGCGACAUGUGGUUCAUCCGUGACGGCUGCGGCAUCGUGUGCGGGGUCAUCACCUGGAUGCUGGUCUUCUUCGCCGAGUUCGUGGUGGUCUUCGUCAUGCUGCUGCCCUCCAAGAACCUGGCCUACAGCCUGGUCAACGGGACGCUCUUCAACGGCCUGGCCUUCCUCGCCCUGGCCUCGCACUUCAGGGCCAUGUGCACCGACCCCGGUGCAGUGCCAAAAGGAAAUGCAACAAAGGAGUUCAUUGAAAGCCUGCAGCUGAAGCCGGGUCAGGUAGUCUAUAAGUGUCCCAAGUGCUGCAGCAUCAAGCCUGACCGGGCCCACCAUUGCAGUGUCUGCAAACGCUGCAUCCGCAAGAUGGACCACCACUGCCCCUGGGUCAACAACUGUGUGGGAGAGAACAACCAGAAGUACUUUGUGCUGUUCACGAUGUACAUUGCGCUCAUAUCGCUGCAUGCCCUGAUGAUGGUGGUCUUCCAUUUCCUCUUCUGCCUGGAAGAAGAUUGGGCAAAGUGCAGCACCUUCUCGCCUCCAGCGACCGUCAUCCUGCUCAUCCUGUUGUCUUUCGAGGGACUCCUCUUCCUCAUUUUCACAUCUGUGAUGUUCGGGACCCAAGUCCAUUCCAUCUGUACCGAUGAAACGGGGAUAGAGCAGUUGAAAAAGGAAGAGAGAAGAUGGGCUAAAAAAACUAAGUGGAUGAAUAUGAAAGUGGUGUUCGGACACUCCUUUUCUAUAGGAUGGCUCAGCCCCUUCUCCGUGCCUGACCAUGGGAAGGCCGACCCAUACCAGUAUAUUGUCUGAGAUGCAAGGCCAUCACCGAGACCUGUCCCACCUCCACUGAGCGCAGACUGAUGAUGCGUACUGACAGCGCCCAGCUCGCUGACUUUGCCGAACGCACCUGUAACCCAGAUUUCUGACGCUGCUCCUUUCGGAUUGUUUUGAACAUUUUAAAAUCCAUUUUAAUUUUUUGUUUCUUUUUGUUACAUGUAAUCAGUUGCAGAAAAAACCGAAAUGACCGUACUGAAUCUGCCUGUUUAGUAUCCUUUUUUUUGGCUUUGUUUUGUUGCUUUGCCUGAGGCUGUCAACUGUAAUGGCUUUUCUUCUGUUCACAGCAAUGUUCCCCAAGCACAUCACUUUAAAAACAGUGCAUAAUCAACCAAUACCAAACCAAUAGAAAUUAAGCAAGCACAAAUAUUCCACACCAUACUACUUGGUCAGACACAUAGGAUUUGCCCUUUGGCUAAAAAGGGAAACGCGGAGACUAGCUGAAGACUGGCUGAAGGACCCAGAAUAUUUCCUCUACGUACUCUACAGAACUUCAGUCUGCUCUCUUGCUUUCUAAAACAGUGAUGCACUUUACACAACUUGCUGUUCUUUAGGAGCAUGGCUUUUCAACCAGCACUACUGUGAUUUGCAUGAGGACGUCUUCCAAAAGAGGCUGACUGAAAACUCCCAGCGGCAUCUAACUCUUCGUCUGUGGACCAAUCAGAACUCUUCCUAUACCAGAUGUUUGUGUGACCUGGCUGGGGUUGGAUGGUGUGGUUGCCUUGAUAUCAGGUAGUGUAGACAUUGCAGAGGUUCCUAAAGGAAUAAAUAGAGUACUUGGAGGCGUGAUGGUGCCUCUGGACUGGACUAAUAGCCUUACAAUGAUCUGUACAACACAACAAAUAUACAGCACUUUGUGAGGGAACCUUGAGGGCAUGCUGGCAUGAAGGGUAGUACUGUUUGUAACCUCUAGGGGUCAUUGUUGCUGUAAAUAAUAGUGCUGUCUGACACAUGUUAGGCAGGCAUCAUGAAAUCUGGCCCUCAAAUUUGUAGUUUUCUUUCUGUAAUUGUCCGAACAGUUAGUGCUAUUAAUUGUCCAGACUGUCUUCUCGCCUGACUCCCAGGCAAAUGGAGGGUGGAAAACCAACAGUUCUUUGCCCUUGAGGACCCUGAUUUUGAUGAUCCCUGCUGUAGGGCAGGGGUUCACAACCCGUUACCAUAGAUUUUGUUUUCUGACCGCUCUAUAAAUGACACUGGUCCACUCCUCGACUUGAACCGAGUAAAAUCUUUUGGAUCCUCUUGCAGUCUGCGGCUGUAGCUGGUGCUCAUACAAAUGUCAAAUUAAGACAUGAUUGAUUAAAUCAUUAAGAGCAGAAAUUGGCACAAGAUCCUGGAACAGAUGUGCCCUUGUUGUGGAUCCCUGCUGUAGGGACUGUUAGUUUUUCAAGUAAUGCUGUCUGGAACCUGGAGGUCAAUCUUGGUAUGAAGCGUAGUGCAAUCUCCUUUCUGCUCCUUCAAUCUGGUCCUCAAUGUGAAGAACACGUAACUGCCUUUGUGGCUUUGUCGAGGCUGGAUAUGCUUUUAUUAUGGGUUAUUUGAAGAUGGUAGUUUUGUUGUUCAUCUGAAAAUGGGGUAUGACUGUAAGCAAAUAAAUUAGCAGUGUUCAUCCCCCACACAAUGGACACUAGUCAGUUGUCAGUUAUUCAGAGUUUACACUGGCCAUUUUGCUGUGUGCUUUGAACCUGAGCCAGUUUCUAGAGAAGGAACUGUGCUGGUAUCCAUGAGGCUGCUGGUUGUAUUCCCAGGUGUGUUUGUUCCAUUCUCCUGAGCCCUGGUGUACCUACUUCAACACAGUGUUCAGCCAUGGCCUGCAGGUGAACUACAUGUAAACUGAGUUGUCCUGUGCACCUGGACUGUAUUGUCCUGCGCACAUACAAUUUUGUCACGGAUCUGCCUCAAAACAGUCAUACAGACACAAAUACUACAUUUUCCUAAAGCUAAUGAAUCCUGCACUUUAUUUGAACUGGGAAAUAUAGAUGAGGUGCUAAUGGCAGGUUGUGACCUUCUCUUUUGAUCCCUAUGAAGGGAUACUGAAUCAUUGGAAACCAUGUCGAGAGAGGCCAUCUUCUCCUUGGGUAUCCAACUGUUGCCAACAGAAGCUAAAUCCAGUCAAGUGACUAGCGUGAAAGCUCAUUGUUUUAUAUAUAAUGGCUAAUGUCACACUGGUGUUUAGUACACAGUCCGAAAAAAAGAACCUCUCAGUUCAGUCCACUAUCUGUCUACCAUUACAGUGUCUUCACACUUUUCGUUUACCUUUGAUGACAUCAUAAUGGACACCCCUUUCCCCCUGGAGUUCAUAAGCCUUAUCGCUGAUAAGAAGGGACCCUUGCGGAAGUGUGAACAGAAGGACACUUGAUCAUGUUUUCUGCAAAACUUUGCCAAAUUGUUUCUUAUAAAGGGAGGAUUAAAAAUGAGAUUGUGCAGAUCUAUCAACAGGUUGACAGGAAUGACCGAUGGUGAAAUUUUCCAGACAACCAGUAUGACGCUCUGUUAUAGGUGUUCAAACUGUUUUGCCUUUUUUAUUGCAUGUAUGAUAGACUAUCAUGUCAGCACUUGUUAGCGAAAUGGUUGUGUCUUUCCUUCGCACUGAUAUUCAAGCAGUUUGUUGGCUGGGCUUCGGUUAACUAUGAUGUAAUUAUGAUGAACGGUUGCUUUUCAAAGUGCAAUUGGGCCACAGCUGUGAUGGCUGUUUUGUGUGUUGAGAUUUCUCUCCUCCGUGUUGAGGGAAAGUGAAUUGAAAGUGUUUGAUUGUUUGGGUGAUCUGGGUCUUUGUUUAUUUUAUCGCUUGUGGGGUGGUGGCUUCGUCAGACUGCCUCACCUCUUUCACAAAGGAACAGAUUCAUUAGCUGUUAGAACGAUCUCCUUCACUCCCACCUGUCUUGUCUCCUUGUGUCUUUACCUCCCAGAUUUUGUUAUAUUGUGUCUUUAUUCAUAUUCAUGUCAAUAAAUGUGAUUGUUUUAGCUCAGAAUUCUGGGCCACAGCCCUCCAUAGUACUGGAAGAGCUUUCUGGUCUUGCCUCUCCCAUUUGAAAAGGGGAGUAAAUAGCAUUUUUGCCCACCCUCUCUCCUCUCUCCCCUUCUAUCUGUAAAUAAAGUAUUCCUAAUGAACCUA